UGGAACAGAAUAAAGAAAGAAGAAAAUUAUAACCUAUACGUAUAAAACGCUCUUCUGUGUAUUUACAAAAAUAUAAAAAAUGAGGUUAAGCGUAGAUGGAUUAAUUGUUUAUUUUCCAUAUGACUAUAUAUAUCCAGAGCAAUAUGCUUAUAUGUCAGAAUUGAAAAAAGCUCUAGAUGCAAAGGGACAUUGUCUUCUUGAAAUGCCCUCAGGUACGGGAAAAACAGUCACUUUAUUAUCACUUGUUGUUGCCUAUAUGAUUGAAAACCCACAUCAUGUUCGGAAGUUAAUUUAUUGCUCUAGAACUGUACCUGAAAUUGAAAAAGUUAUGGAAGAAUUGAAAAAAUUGAUAGAAUAUUAUGAAAAAAUAGAUGGUGUCCAACCUAAACUAACAGGUUUAGUUUUAUCAUCAAGAAAGAACAUGUGUGUACACCCUGAAGUUAGUACCCAAAGAGAAGGUAAAAUAGUAGAUGGGAAAUGUCAUUCACUAACAGCUAGUUACAUCAGAGAUAAACAUUCAUAUGAUGAUACUGUACCUGUUUGUCAAUUUUAUGAAGAUUUCAAUAUAGAUGGCAAAGAAUCUGUUAUGCCUCACGGAGUUUACAAUUUAGAGGAUCUAAAGCAAUAUGGUAGAAAUAGAAACUGGUGUCCUUAUUUUGUGUCCAGAUUUGCAAUCACUUAUGCCAAUAUCGUAGUUUACAGCUAUCAUUAUCUAUUGGACCCAAAGAUUGCCGAUGUGGUUUCCAAAGAAUUGACAAAAGAAGCUGUUGUCAUAUUUGAUGAGGCGCAUAACAUUGAUAACGUUUGUAUAGAUUCUAUGAGUGUGAAAAUUCAAAAAAGAACUGUCGAACGAGCUACAGCUAAUAUACAGUUACUAGAAAAGACUGUGGCUGAGAUGAGAGAAGAUGACUCAAAAAAAUUACGAGAUGAAUAUCAAAGAUUAGUUCAAGGUUUAAGAGAAGCAAAUGUUGCUAGAGAAACUGAUGUUAUAUUAUCAAAUCCUGUAUUACCAGACGAAAUUUUACAAGAAGCUGUACCUGGAAAUAUAAGAAAUGCAGAGCAUUUUGUUAGUUUUCUAAAAAGAUUUGUAGAAUAUAUAAAAACUAGAUUAAGAAUACAACAUGUUGUUCAGGAAUCACCAGUGGCUUUUCUGAAGGAUGUCCAAUCAAAAGUGUGUAUAGAGCGUAAACCUCUAAGAUUUUGUGCAGAACGAUUAGCUUCAUUAUUGAGAACUUUAGAAAUUUCAGAUCUGACAGAUUUUAGUCCUAUAAUAUUAAUUACACAUUUAGCAACAUUGGUAUCAACAUAUACUAAGGGAUUUACAGUAAUCGUUGAACCAUUUGAUGACAAAACUCCAACAGUUUCAAAUCCUAUUUUAUAUGUCAGUUGUUUAGAUUCAUCAAUUGCUAUGAGACCUGUCUUUGAUAGAUUUCAAACGGUAGUUAUAACAUCAGGUACAUUGUCUCCUUUAGAUAUGUACCCAAAAAUUUUAAAUUUCCAUCCAGUUAUCAUGUCUUCAUUCACAAUGACUUUAGCUAGGCCAUGUCUACUUCCGAUGAUAGUUUCCAAAGGAAAUGAUCAAGUAGCUAUUUCUUCUAAAUUCGAAACUAGAGAUGACAAUGCUGUAAUAAGAAAUUAUGGACAACUUCUAGUAGAGAUUGCAGCUAAUGUACCAGAUGGUAUUGUAUGUUUCUUUACCUCUUAUAUGUAUUUAGAAUCAGUGGUUGCGAGUUGGUACGAUCAAGGUGUAAUAGAUAAUUUACAAAGAUAUAAAUUGUUGUUUAUUGAGACACAAGAUUCAGCCGAGACAAGUUUUGCCUUAAUGUACUACAUCAAGGCUUGUGAAUCUGGUCGAGGAGCAGUAUUACUUUCUGUAGCUAGAGGAAAAGUAUCUGAAGGAGUAGAUUUUGAUCAUCAUUUAGGUAGAGCAGUUUUAAUGUUUGGGAUACCAUAUGUCUAUACACAAUCACGAAUAUUAAAAGCAAGAUUAGAUUAUCUUAGGGAUCAAUUCCAGAUUAAAGAAAACGAUUUUCUGACAUUCGACGCGAUGAGACAUGCUGCUCAAUGUGUAGGACGAGCUAUCAGAGGAAAAACUGAUUAUGGUAUUAUGAUUUUCGCGGAUAAACGAUUUUCCAGAUCAGAUAAAAAAUCGAAAUUACCUAAAUGGAUACAAGAGCAUCUCAAAGAUUCCUACUGUAAUUUAUCUACAGAAGAAGCAGUGCAGAUCGCCAAGAGGUGGUUAAGGCAAAUGGCUCAACCAUUCACCAGAGAAGAUCAGUUAGGGGUUUCUCUUCUUACAUUAGAACAGCUAAGGGAUAUGGAAUCAAAGAAAAAAACUGAAGAGAUGAAUCAUGAAUAGUAUCAAGAUAAAAUGAUGAAAAACAAUUUUUAUAAAUUAAACUUUCUAUGAGUUU